UGACAUUAAUGUGUGUCAAUUACCAAUAAACAAGUCAUGCUUUGGAAGCCCCUCCUAGUUGUUUUGGUGAUCUUCGUAAUAAAAGAAGGCACAACACUCUCGGAAACGUUUGACAAGAAUAAUGACGAAGAAGCACUGACUGGUGACCAGGACAGUCUUGACUUUGUAAGGCAUAGAGUGAAACGAAGUAUCCUCGGGCCUGAAUUUCAUUAUUUCCGGAUCUAUUAUACAGCAUUGGGACUUCUGAAUGAUUACAAUAGAUUGCUACAUCGCGGAAUAAUACGUGACUGGAGACCAUUGGGAUCAAGUUCGUACCAUGAUGCCAUUUUUGAUUCAACACUGUAUUAUAGGUCGGAAGCAAUGGCAGGUCGAAAUGUCGAUUUACAAGUGGUCAAUAUUGUUUGCAUCAUAAUAUAUCGGCGUCAAGAUGCUAUAGAUCACGGUGGUGGCGAUUGGAGACAUAACCUAACCACUUCCUAUUGGAAAAGUGGAUUGGAACAGAUUCAAGAUGGUCAAAGUCGAUAUCGAGAAGAAGAUUUGAGCUCAAAAGGCUCAAAAAGAGAACAAGUUUUGAGCCAGGGUGGGUUUGAGCUCAAACAGAGAAGCAUCAAAUUGCGAGGGCCGAGGAGACGACACAAUAGGGGCAGAUUGCGAAGGUCGGGGAGACGACACAAUAGGGGAAGAGCAAGACGAAUCCUCCAAAUUUUAUCAAUUUGUCGAGAAUUCGCAUAAAACUGUAACAAGAACACCUUCUGAAUUUCAUAAAUAAAAUUAGUUCUUCAUA